UUCAAUUCAUUCUGUUUCAUAAUCCCCACAUAGGCAUUUUUCUUUUCAUCAUCUUUUCUCUCGUUUUUACGUGACAUAUAUGUAACGUCACUAUAUUACUCCUUUCUUUGAUUAUUAGCUUGUUGGGGUUGAUUGAAGUAGAAGGUGAUCAUGGACUGUGGUGAUUCUUGGGAUGCUAAAAAGAUGUUUGAUUUGUAUUUGCAUGAUUAUUUGGUGAAAAGGAACUUGCACAAAACAGCUGCAAUUUUCAGAAAUGAAGCAAAUGUUGGUGAAAACCCUGUUGCGGUUGAUUCAUUUGAUGGGUUUUUACAUGAAUGGUGGACAUUAUUUUAUGAUGUGUAUGCCUCUAGGCAACUUAAACAUGAAGAGGCCAAGACAAAGUCCUCUGUUAAGGGUGGACAAAUGACACAGAAUGAGAUACAAAACAUGCGUCCAAUUCUGCCAAAAUUACCAAUAUACCAGCAGAGGUGUGGAGAGUUUCCGGUUGGCCCUGGCUACGGGAUGUUAGGGCAACCUCCUACUUGCCUUUUGCCUACAAGAAUGUUAGAGGAAGAACAGCAUCUUAGGCAUCCUAUCAGCAACUCUUAUCCAAAUUUACUGCUACUUCAUGGUAAUAAGCUGAAUCUGUCAAAGUCAGCCACAAUCAGUCCAAGCUACCUGCAGCAGGAAUUUCAGAAUCAGGCUCAACUACUAACGCCACCUAGAAAUGUUAAUAGCAUCAUUCAAUCUAAUCCUAUGGACACUACUCUCCAUGAAGGAGUACAAGAGGGGGUAGUUGCAAGACCUAGAUCCCAUGCUGCAGGGGUGAAUAAAGAAGUUAAUCCAGGCUAUCCUUCACCAUCGAAUGGAUUGCUUUCAAACUCACUUAUGCAGACACCUAGCCAACUACAACAGUUUCCUAUGUUGGCAGAGCAACACCAGCAGAAUCAAUUGAGUCAAUUCCAACCACUUAUAUUCGGAAACUUGACAUCUGCUUUUCCUGGAAGCUCUGCUAAUUUUGAUGGUCAAAACGUGAUACUUCCCGAGAGUAAUAUGAAUGGGAAAAAUGCAGAGUUGAUAAUCCAAAUGAAACAAACUGAAGAGCAUCGACACAAACAUGAUCAGCAUCUGCAGCAGCAGUUACCAGAGAAUGGUAGAAAAAGAAGGAAAUUGUUGUAUUCAAGAACUGGAGACAAAAUUUUCGGUUGUGCAAAUGCUGAAGUUGAUAAACCUGCAAAUGAAAAUGUUGAAUCCUUUUUGUCCACCAGUGAUGACAAAGAUGAUGACAAAGGCACUCCUCUAUGCAAUGUGAAACGAAGUUCUACAGCUUGUGGUGAAAAUGAUCAUAAAGGCUUUGCUUUUGAAGAGAUUGGUUGCCUUCACUCAAGCAAAAGCAAGGUGUUAUGCUGUCAUUUUUCAUCUGAUGGGAGACUAUUAGCCAGUGCUGGCCAUGACAAGAAGGUUUCUAUUUGGAACAUGCAAACUUUUGAUUUUGUUAAUUCUUCAGAAGGACAUUCACUUCUGGUUACAGAUGUUCGGUUUAGACCAAAUUCAACCAUACUUGCCACAUCUUCCUUUGAUAGAACAUUGCAAAUAUGGGAUGCAUCCAAACCAAGCAAACCACUGUUCAAGCUUCUUGGGCAUGCUGACCAAGUGAUGGCAUUGGAUUUCCAUCCAAGAAAGGUGGAUCUGCUUUGCUCAUGUGAUAGUAAUGAUGAGAUCCGAUUAUGGAAUGUCAACCGUUGUGCUUGCACACAUGUUUCUAAGGGAGCGACUAAGCAAGUCAGAUUCCAGCCUCAAUGUGGCAAGUUAUUGGCUACUUCCACCAGAAAUAAUAUCAAUGUAAUUGAUUUUGAGAAUGAUACUGGUGUCCAAUUCAAUUUGAAGGGGCAUGCCGAAGAUGUCCUUUCUCUUUCCUGGGAUAUAAGUGGGAAGUAUAUUGCAUCUGUUAGUGCAGACAGCGCACGAAUAUGGUCACUUGUGUCAGGUGGAAGAUGCAUUCGUGAAUUGCAUUCAAAUGGCAACAAGUUCCAAUCAUGCACCUUUCAUCCUGGAUAUUCACAGCUCCUGAUAAUUGGCAGCUACCAGUCACUUGAGUUAUGGAAUCCAAUUGAGGGAAACAAAACAUGGUCAGUCCCAGCGCAUAGUGGGUUAAUUGCUGCACUGGCCGACUCACCACAGGCUGAAACGAUUGCAUCAGCAAGCCAUGACCAAUGUGUCAAGUUGUGGAAAUGAGACCCUUCGAGUUGCAGAUGCCUCCAUGUAAACUAUUUACUCGCAUGUCUGCCUAUGCAGUUUUGUGAACACAUCUUAUAGGUUCAAGAUACAUUUCCUGGGUUGACUUCUGACAGCUGUAGAUGGUAAUAUUGGCGACGUCCAUUUGUCAAGAAUAAAUGCUGCACUGCUGAAGAUACAAAAGUUAUCAUAGCAUGACAGACAAAAGAUUGAAUACUUGGAAUUGUAUCUUACACAGGUUUAUACACCCACAUAUAAUCAGAUGUAUGAAUCAUGAAAAAGAUUUAGUAAAAUGCUGUCAUAUUAGCUUCCCGGCUAUUUUCAGUUUAA